GCGGGGCCGGCGGCGCAGGCGGGUGAGCGGGGCCGGCGGCGGGAAGGCGGCGGAGGCCGGUGGCCGUGGCUGGCGGCCCGGCCCGCCAUGAGCAGAGCGCAGCUGACGCGGACGCGGAUCCUGCGGAUGGCGCUGGGUGGCGGCGGCGCUGACCCGCUGCUGCCGGCSGAGGGCGGCGGGGACCGGCGGGCGCCCUUCCUCCUGCGAGCGCUGCGCAUCGCCGUGGUGGUCUGCCUCUACUGGUUCACCUCCAUCGCCAUGGUCUUCCUCAACAAGUACCUGCUGGACAGCCCCUCGUUGCGCCUCGACGCCCCUCUGUUCGUCACCUUCUUCCAGUGCGCCCUGACGGCCGCCCUGUGCCUGGGCCUCAGCCUGGGGGCGGCCUGCGGGUCCCCCUGCGCCGGCCUGCCCCCUCUCCGCCUGGACCCCAAGGUGUCCCGCAGCGUCCUGCCCCUCUCUGCCGUCUUCAUCGGCAUGGUCACCUCCAACAAUCUCUGCCUCAAGCACGUCGGCGUGGCCUUCUACAAUGUGGGGCGCUCCCUCACCACCGUCUUCAACGUGCUGCUCUCCUACCUCCUCCUCAAGCAGACCACCUCCCUCUAUGCCCUCCUGGCCUGCGGAGUCAUCAUAGGUGGCUUCUGGCUGGGUGUUGACCAGGAAGGAGCAGAGGGCACUCUGUCAUGGACAGGUAUAUUCUUCGGGAUCUUAGCAAGCCUUUGUGUCUCUCUCAAUGCCAUCUACACCAAGAAAGUGCUGCCUGUGGUGGAUGGUAGCAUCUGGCGCCUGACCUUCUACAACAACAUCAAUGCUUGUGUCCUGUUCUUCCCCCUCAUGAUGCUGCUGGGCGAGUUCCGCACCCUCUACCACUUUGACAAGCUGGGGAGUCCCACUUUUUGGGGCAUGAUGACCCUGGGAGGAGUGUUUGGCUUUGCCAUUGGGUAUGUGACUGGACUUCAGAUUAAGUUCACUAGCCCACUCACCCACAACGUGUCUGGGACAGCCAAGGCCUGUGCCCAAACAGUGCUGGCUGUUAUCUACUUUGAGGAGACAAAGAGCUUCUUGUGGUGGACRAGUAACUUGAUGGUUCUGGGGGGCUCCUUUGCCUACACAUGGGUGAAAGGACUGGAGAUGAGAAAGGUGCAAGAGGAUCCAAAUGUGAAAAGCGGCGAAAGAAAUGAGACUGGUGUGUAGGCGGUUCCUGCACCUCCAUUUCUGUGCCUGGGGGGGAUAACCUUUGGUGCUCCUUUCCUCCUGGGGAGAAGAAGAGCAAGGACCAGGACAAAAAUGCACCUGCAAAGUGCGUGGGGAACUGUGUCAGGAACCAAAGCCAAAGACCUGACUGGAUCAUGUUUUAUCUCACCCCGUAUGAGAGUUGGGGAGAGCAUGUGUUGUAGAAAUCAAUGGGGUUUUUUUGUGAUURUUUUUUAAAAUGGAUGUUGCUAUUGACCUAAUCUGGGAAAUUUGCAUUUCUUGAGGGGGUGGGCUCAUAUCAUACAAAGACUGGGAUGGGAGCUUUGUGUGGUUAGGGAUCUAGAAUUAACUGAAUGAGUGMAAUCUGAAGUUACAAAAUCCUGAACCUCCAGGUAAGGAGGAGGCAAGUAGCCAGACUGUUUGGGUUAGACUCGAGUAAACUAUUAUGCUGUGUAAGGUUUUUGCAACAGCAGUUCUUCCUGUUGCUCCAUUCAGUGCAGAGGAUGAMAAUUCUCUUCCUUCUGGCUAUGUGCAAGUCUAAGCAAUACCAGUGCCUCCAAAAYGCCUUUCCAAAGAGUCAGCAUCACAUCCUUCUGAGUUUUUUUCUUUUGUUGCUCUACAUCUGGUUUCUCAGUUUGAGGAAGCACACUAAGACUCAGGAAUUAAACUUCUCAUUCUCUCUGCACUGUCCAGUGAGGGAGAGCAUGCUCCCUCAGUGGCCUUUCUAGUGGARGAGUGAAUUUGGCCUCUGUGUCCCUCUCUGACAGGCAGAAUUGGAAAAGUGACUUUAAAACGCUUGCUGCUGUAGGGUGGGGAUCUCAGUUCACCGGGUUUGCAACAUUUCUCUUUACCCUCUUUGUAGGGAGUAAGUUUGUAUUGAAUAUGGAUACCUGUUCCCUUGUUUCAGGGGACUUGUUCCAUGUUUACUUUGUAGCUCCUCUAGCGCUUGUAGUUUGCCUUUUGUCUCGUUCCUUUUAAGCACUCCCAGGGUCAGCUCAGUGRAUCCUUCAAUGCGAUGAGUUUUGCUCAACUGCAUCGAUCCCUUUGCUUGGAACUUGCUGCUGAGCAGUUGUGCAGAAAUCUCUGCCUCCUUCCCCCGCCCCCAUCUGGCCCAAUGCAAUAGUCUGUGCUGCGAUUUCUGAUCCCCGGGGUCCGCAGUUACAGCUUGCUACAGGAUGUGAUGUUCCACCAGCUUUCUGAAUCCCUGGCCCUUUUUAAGGUAAGGUUACUCUGAUAGUGAUUGUGGGUACCUCCAUGCCAYUGCUUCAUUCCCUGCCCCAUGGAUGCUACAUGAUGUACCAUGCCCCGUGAGUGAUGUCUGGCCCCACCUACAAAGAGCGCUCCAUUUCUGCCCAGAAUAUGUUCCUGUUGAAUUUGGGAGGUGGAAGGGGCUACUGCUCCAGAUUUCAUGAGCACAGGUGCCUUUUCGAUGCAGGCAGCCAUUUGCGGUUCUUAAACAUUUUUGGGGGGUGGGUUUUUUGUUUUUUAAUGGAAAGGAAGGUUUUCAACGUUGACGUCUAAGGCCAACCCUGCUGACAAAAUCCGGGUGUCGCUCUCUGGCUCCCGCGCGGGGUGGCAGCGACAUUUCCGGGGCGGUUUCGGGCGGCGACAGUUCCGGCCGUG